GACACGCAUGCGACCAACACACUCUCAGUUCUGUAUGGACUGCUUUACCGCACAAGUAGAAGGAGAGGGGUGGGCUUCAGCAACAUUACAGCAACCAAGCGACUGAAUUAACCUUAAAGUUUAUGGCCAGAUUAAAUACGGUAGAAGCGGCGUUCACAACUUCCUGACCGGUUGCCACAGCGCCAACCUUUGCUUUCUGUUUACUUCAUUGUAACGCUUCUUAAUUCACUGAGGAGCUUUGGUUGAAUGAUGAAAUGAACUGCGUAGUUUGAUCAACGGCGUUUAUUUCAGGAGUGUUUCGUUUGGUCCCGGCGUCUCAUCGGCGUGGGUUCGAGCGCAUUUUUAGACUGAACAGCCCAAGUGUCCGGCUGCUGAAUGUAGGAUAAAGGUCAUGAACAAAAGCUCCGUCACAGAUUACAUGGAGAUGCAGCAUGGUCCAGAAGUGCAGUUUAAACUGGCUUACCCAGAUUCAGAAAGAAUCGACCCUGGGCCCAAAACCCGAGUGAGGGGCCAGUGGUCCAGUAAAGUGGAGUUUAUCUUAGCUGUUGCGGGACAGAUCAUCGGUUUGGGAAAUGUGUGGAGGUUUCCAUAUCUCUGUUACAAGAAUGGAGGAGGAGUGUUUUUCAUUCCAUAUGUGGUUUUUCUGUUCGCCUGUGGCAUUCCUCUGUUUCUCAUGGAGAUUGCGUUGGGUCAGUACACCAGCCAAGGGUCUAUCACCUGUUGGAGGAAGAUUUGCCCACUAUUUGAAGGUCUGGGUUAUGGAAAUCAGGUGGUCGUCUUAUAUUCCAGUAUCUACUACAUCAUCAUUCUGGCCUGGGCUUUCUUCUAUCUUUUCUCUUCUUUUAGUGGUCAAUUACCGUGGGCCAGCUGCAGUAACUGGUGGAAUUCAGACACCUGUGUUGAGUUUGAUCGGAGGGAUGGCACGGGAAAUUUGAGCUUUGCGGAGAAUGCAACAUCACCUGUUAAAGAAUUCUGGGAGAGGCGGGUAUUGAAUAUAACAGGAAGUGUGAAUGAGCUGGGCAGUGUGAGGUGGGAACUUGCUCUGUGUCUUCUGUUGGCCUGGAUCAUCUGUUACUUCUGCGUGUGGAAAGGAGUGAAGUCCACAGGAAAGGUUGUGUAUUUUACAGCUACGUUUCCUUAUGUCAUGCUGCUGGUGCUUCUGAUUCGAGGUCUUACGUUGCCCGGGGCCAUAGAUGGCAUCAUCUUCUACCUCUACCCUGAUCCAACACGCCUCGCAGACCCACAGGUGUGGAUGGAUGCUGGAACACAGAUCUUUUACUCUUAUGCUCUUUGCAUUGGGUGCCUCACAGCUUUAGGAAGCUACAAUAAAUACGACAACAACUGCUACAAAGAUUGUAUUUAUCUGUGCCUGUUGAACAGUGGAACCAGUUUUGUGGCUGGCUUUGCCAUAUUUUCAGUUUUGGGGUUCAUGGCGUACGAGCAGGGAGUAGAUAUUUCAUUGGUGGCUGAGUCAGGUCCUGGUUUGGUCUUCAUAGCGUACCCAAGGGCCGUGGCAAUGAUGCCUAUGCCUCAGCUGUGGUCCAUAUGUUUCUUCAUCAUGAUUAUUCUGCUGGGGCUUGACAGUGAGUUUGUAUGUCUGGAGGCUCUUAUGACAGCCAUAACGGACAUGAAUCCCAACUUUUUCCUACAAGGACAACGUCGCAAACUGUUUCUCCUCCUCAUCUGUGUGGCCAGCUUCCUCAUUGGCCUUCUGAUGGUGACAGAGGGUGGUCUGUAUAUCUUCCAGUUAUUUGAUUAUUAUUCCUGCAGUGGAAUGACCCUCCUGCUGUUUGCAAUUGCACAGUCAAUGUGUAUUGGCUGGUUUUAUGGUGCAGAUCGUCUUUAUGAAAACAUAGUAGACAUGAUCGGCUACCGCCCUUUGACGCUAAUGAAAUACUGUUGGAAGUACAUCACUCCUAUUGUGUGUCUAGGCACAUUUGUUUUCUCUCUGGUUAAAUUCACUCCUCUGAAGUUUAACAACACAUUUGAAUAUCCAUGGUGGGGCUAUGCUGUCGGCUGGUGGUUCACCCUCUCCUCAACAUUGCUGGUUCCCAUAUGGAUGAUCUAUGUUAUCCUCAUCACACCUGGCACACUGAAACAGAGAUUGAAUACCCUCUGCACUCCAUCCAGCGACCUGCCAGCAACAUCAGCAAGUCCGAAAGAAAACCUGUGACCCAAAAGUGGAAGUACUGUAUACAGUAUACUGUCCUGAUAGAGAAACUGUAUAAAAUAUUGGCUGUAAAUGGACAACUGUAGAUAGUGUUAAUGCUUUUAAAAAUACACGUUAAAAAGCUCUGAAGAAGGCAUAACUCAAACUGUAGCUGACUAUGACAAUCAACAGUAUUUUAAGGUUACUUAAGGGCGAUUUUACAUAGUUACUUUGAUUGUGCCCACCAAUAGUUUGGUUUAUUUGCACAUGUUAUGUUUUUUUACACCAGAAAUGCUGAAGGAAUCUUAAAAGUCAGGUAAUGGCACAAACAUGGCCAAAGUUGGUGUUUGCAUGGCACAGAAUGCCAGUUUGAAGGCCGGUGUCAUAAACAUGUGAGUCUCCCCAGAUGAAUGAGUCUGUCAUGGGACACCAUAAUGAUAAUAGAGCUGUGUACUCUAGUCAAGUGCCUGAUUAUAAAACCUUAUCUUCAGUACCGUAUGACCAAUCAUUUUAAAUAUAUAUAUUGAAAAAUAGUAUAGAAAAAAGCUACAGAUCAUAUAAUGGUAUAGUCAAUAGGACUGUCUGACAUCCCUUUAGCACAUAAUAAUGAAAAUCUUAAUAUGCCUUGUUCUUCAUUAUCUGUUGUGAUCAGGAGAUCAUCUUGCUAAAAUAAUCUAUUAACCACUGCCAAAAGCAAAUAGCACAAGGUUUUGCGAAGGACACACAAACUCUAAAGAGUCUAAUUUACAUAGAAAAAAGUAAAAUCGCUCUGAAAAGUAUUUGUGACUUAAAAAUAUGCAUCUAACAAUGACUUUAGAAACGGCAUAAUUUGUAUGUGAAUUGAUAGAUUUUUUUGCUUUCAUAAAUGAAUGAAAGGUACUUAGUUAUGAGGCAUCUCAACCUUUAGUGAUCUGUAAAAUGUACAAGAACAUCUUCAAUGUCAUCUGUGAUGUCAUCACGACCUUACUGGAUUAUAAACAGCUGCAAGAUAUGCGACAAAACACAACUGAUACGAAAAACAUCACAAAAAUGAGGGAGUGGACCAGUGACAUUUUGAAAGGACCAAUGUUUAUUACAGUUGGUAUACAAAACUUUUUUACUUUUUCAGAUAGAGAGACAUUUAUUGUUUAAACCAGAGUGGCUAAAAAACAAUAAAUUCGAGGUAUGUUCUGUAAAUCAUCUAACUUUCAUUUUAAUAGCUUUACAGAUGAUACUGAAGGGUAGCAAAACGGUUUAAUAGAAAAAACAUUUCACACAACUGUCAAGUCCACUCAAACCUGAACAGUAUUUUAAGUAAGGAAUAAUUGGUUACGGGCAGUCGGUUCAAUUAUUCGAAUGUUAAUGCACACCCUCAGGUCGCGUCUUGGCCGUUACACCUCAGGCGUGCAUUAACUUUUGAAUAAUUGAAUGGACCGGAGUCAAUUAUUCUGCUUAUACCACGGUUACCACACCACAGGACAUUGUUCAAAUGUUUAAUUUCAACGUUUGUCAUGUUAUCGUCUGUGGAGGGUAGGACUACUUCCUUGUACAUCCCCUUUCAAGCGUCCAUUAGAGCGAACAGACUCGUAGGCCUGAUCCGCUGCAACGUGGUGUGUGUGUGAGUGAGUGAGAGAGGGGAGAGCGCCCACACCUGCGUGUUUGCAUUAAUAUGACAGAACAUAAUAAUAUGAGUUAUUCCUCUUAUUGUUUGUAUCACCAGCAGUAAAUAAAAUCACACAUACUUUUGAAAGAGUAGGUCUAUCAAAAUAUAUUUGUUAUCAGUCAUAGCCAGAAUGUAGGAAAACAAACCAGUAGGCCAUCAGUGUUUAUUAAUUCAUUUAGUUUCUCUAUUUAGUUAUUUUAUUUAUUCAGUAUAUGUAUUUCCAUGUUGUUUUUUUAAAUGUUUUGUUUAUUGAAAUGAAACUGUGCACGUGAAAUGACAUGGAACUGUAAUGCGGUCGGCAGACCUGGAACACCUUCAUAUGUGUGCAUUUACUGAAAGUUAAAGGGGUCAUAUGACAUGGCUAAAACUAAUAUUUUAUUUUUUUUAUAUGUAAUGCAAUCUGUUUAAAUUAUUUAAGGGUAAAAACACUGUAUUUUCCACAUACCAUGCAUGUUUGUAUCUCCUCUUUGCCCCGCCUCUCUGAAACAAGCAGAUUUUUUACAAAGCUAAUUGCUCUGAAAAGCGAGGUGUGCUAUGAUUGGCCAGUUAACCAGUGCGUAGUGAUUUGUCGAAUACUGCAAGCAUUUGACGGAAAUGUAAGCCCUCUUACCAUAUUUGGAACAUCAGGUUCCAAAGCAACUGUUCUGACAGACAGGUACGCCAACCUUACUUGCAUAUACAUUUGCCCGGCCUUAGUCAAAUCAUACCACAAACUGACGUAGAUUUGUGGGGGUGUGGUUACACGAGACGUUUCAAACAGGUCUGGGUGAGCAUUUGCUUUUAGAUAGAAUUCAUCUUUUGUACCGACACUUUUAUUUUUGCAAUUUGGCGUGUCUAACACAUGCAUGGGAAACUUAUAACACACCAAAGACACAGAAAAACACGUAUUUGCACCAUAUGACCCCUUUAAUGCACACCCAUAGAAAGUUUGUUAACCAAUCAGAUUGAAGCAAUCAACAGCCCCGCGCUAUAAUAUUAUAAUAAAGUACUGUAAAUUAUUUCAUAAUAAUUUUAUAUUAUUAUAAUAUAUAAAUUAAAUAUAAUAGCACAUCUUUGUUGACUUUUUACCUGGUCUUUUCUUUUUUGUAGAUCAUGUUGUGGGUUCACAGGGUACUUACAUCAUUUGUUUUUUACAGAAUUUAAGUAUGUAUGUUAAAUAGAGUCAUAUUUUGCUUCUUAAAUCUUUUUUAAUGUAUAGUAUCUUUAUCUUUUUAGUAAAAUGCUAAUUUCUAGGGUAUUUCAACUAAGAUGUAAAUGCACUGAUACUGUAUACUGGAAAGAACUGUUAAAUAAUCUGCCAUACGACUUCAAUAAAUGCUCUUUUGAAAAUUCACAGUCAAAUGACUUAAACUGGUUGCUCCAUGUCUGCAGGUGAAUGAGUAAUAUCUCCAGGAUCUUUGAACAUUGGUUGCUCUUUCACAAAAAUCAUUUACAAGAUUCAUUAGACUGGUAGGCCUAGUGAAAUUCUAAAUGUAAAUGCUCAGGAUUAAAUUUGUUAGAUGGUCUGGUAUGGGUUGUCAUCAGAGAUGUCAGAUAUCCGGUUAGAUACAGCAAAAUUGUAUUAUGCUGCCUCAAUGUAAUUAUCAACGUCAUCGGAAUGACAGGAUUGGAAGUGAAGUUUACUUUAUCAGCAUGACAAUGAAAUAUAAAGUGAUGUUUCAUUUGCAAUUAGAGGAAACAUCGCACAAUAGCCUACACUAUAUGACUAUUAGUACUAUAUGUCAUCAGAAUAGUUAUGAAAAAACGUAUGUAUUUUUUCUGUAUUUAAUGUGUUUUUAUCCUGUAUUUUGUGUAAAAUGCAUUUCAUAUUGUUCAGUUUUAUUAACAUGUUCCUCCACUUAAACUUACCCACUGUAGAUGUUAGUUGUUAUAGAGUCUGAUUUGAGAAUAUUACAGAAACAGAGUUU